ACUCUCUACAUGAAUUAUUUUAUAAAGUUAAAUUUUAUAAUUUUGCAUAAUUACUUGGUAUCGCAACUGCAUCUAUAAAUAUUGCAAAAAAUAUUAAUUCUUAUGUUAUAGCAAAUGAUAGCUGUUACUAACUUUUCAAAAAUAUUACAACUUUGUUUUUCUUUUUAACAAUGGUGAACAACAUUGUACUAUGAAGAUUAUAUUUCUUAAUUUGCUUUUGCUACCUUGCAUUUUAUCAUUGAAUGAAGAAUUAUUACAUUAUGUCAGUGAUGACGUAUCAAGUGGAUCUUAUAAAUAUUAUAGUUUAAUGUAUGAAGGUAUUAUCAAAAUUCAAUUAAUAUCCCAAAACGGAGAUGCAGAUUUGUAUGCAUCGCAUACAACAACAAAACUAACUUAUGAACCAGAUCACUAUAGUUUGCAGUCUACAACUUGUGGGGAAGAUAUUAUAGUUGUACCAGACAGUUUCAAAAGACCUGUUAGCAUAGGAGUAUAUGGGCAUCCAUCACAUGAAUUAAGUAAAUAUACUUUGUUAGUAUACGAAGUGAUAUCAACGGAUGAAGACGCAACUUAUGAUCAAAAAACAGAGAAUAUUUACAAGGAUAGUGAUAACAAGAAGAAAAGUCCAACAUUUUUAGUUACUUUCUUAAAAUCUAUUGGCAAUGUAUUAUUUGAAAUACUUUUUUAAUGAAACGUAUAAUUGUUCACAAUAGAUCAUUCUGGUAUUAUAACAAUUUUAUAGUAAAAUAAAUACACUUA